CUAUACAGUAGAGAUCGGCUCGCCCAACCCGGAUGUGGGACUCAGUGAUAAAUAUUGAAUUUUUUUUUUUGCCUCGUAGGCGGCGCGGAGGUAGUUCAGUACCUCAAUCGGAGGACAGCUCCACUGUCACUCGAUGAGGGUUGUUCCCAGGCACUUGGGUUACGUGGGCGUCUGCGGUUUACUGGGAUAAGGGCGAGGUUUGAUCACGUUGUGAGCGUGGUAGGAAUUAGGUGUGUGCACUUUUUUUUUUGUUGUUUCCUGGGUGAUCCUGGCUCCGUGUCUAAUCUUAACUCGGUUCAGCAGCAAUAACGAUGGCGGAGUGCGGGCAGAAGGCGCUGUCACUCCUUGAAGCGGCCCGCUCUCGCUACGAAAGCUUGCAGAUUUCCGAUGAUGUUUUCGGGGAAUCUGGGGACGACAGCAGCGAGAACCCCUUCUACAGCACUUCGGGCGACUCCAGCUCCGACAACUACACCUCGGAGAGCAACGGGGACGGGCAGAGGACAGGCGAGAUUGCGGGCAGUCACUCCGGAGGUCUGCCCGGCUCCGCGUCGAGCGCCCAAGCAGAGGAAGAAGGCUGGAGCGAUGCUCUCCGAGACAUCACCGUGCCUCUGUACAAGGAUACGUGUGGCCCCACGCAAAAGAUGCCAGUGACGGCAAGCGCCAUGGACUUCUUCCAGCUCUUUGUCCCCGAUAACGCCAUACAGAACAUGGUCACCCAAACCAACAUGUACGCCAAGAAGUACCAGGAGCGAUUCGGGAGCGACGAAGGGUGGUGUAACGUGACGCUCUCGGAGAUGAAAGCCUUCCUGGGAUACGUCACCUCCACCAGCAUCCACCGCUGCGAGUCCGUGCUCAGCAUCUGGAGCAGCGGCUUCUUCAGCAACAAGAGCAUCGCGCUGAUCAUGACCCAGGCUCGCUUCGAGAAGAUCCUCAAGUACUUCCACAUCGUGGCCUUCCGCUCCAGCCAGGCCAGCCAGGGCCUCUACAAGAUCCAGCCCUUCCUGGACUCCCUGAAGCAGUCAUUUGAAUGUGCGUUUAGACCAUCUCAGACCCAGGUGCUGCACGAGCCCCUGAUCGACGAGGACCCCGUCUUCAUCACCACCUGCACGGAGAGGGAGCUCCGGAAGAGGAGGAAGAGGAAGUUCAGCCUGUGGGUGCGGCAGUGCACGGCAACGGGCUUCAUCUGCCAGAUCUAUGUGCACCUGAAGGAGAGCUCAGGCCCCGACGGGCUGGACACGUUGAAAAACAAACCGCAGCUGCACAGCCUGGUGGCCAAACAGCUGUGCAGGAACCUGGCUGGAAAGAACUCCAUCAUCUUCACCGGGCCCAGCAUCACCAGCCUCUGCCUGUUCGAGGAGUUUGAGAAACAAGACAUCUACUGCUGCGGCCUCCUGAGCUCCAGGAAGAGCGACUGCACUGGGCUCCCCCAGUCCAUGCUGGUGAACCCUGAGGUGCCCCAGCGCCGAGGGCAGUACAGGACCAAAAUGAAAGGCAACAUGUCCCUCAUCUGCUGGUACAACAAGGGUCAUUUCCGUUUCCUCACCAACGCCUACUCGCCCAGCAAACAAGGAAUGAUCAUUAAGAGGAAAAGUGGUGAAAUCCCCUGUCCCUUAGCAGUGGAAGCCUUUGCAGCCCAUCUCAGCUACAUCUGCAAAUAUGAUGACAAAUACAGCAAAUAUUUUAUCUUCCACAAGCCCAACAAGACCUGGCAGCAGGUGUUCUGGCUGACGAUAAGCAUUGCCAUCAACAACGCCUAUAUACUGUACAAGAUGUCAGACGCCUACCACGUGAAGCGCUACAGUAGGGCCCAGUUUGGGGAGAGACUGGUACGAGAGCUCUUGGGGUUAGAGGACUGUUCUCCCACACAGUGAAGACCUGCGUCCCAGCCCCCAGACCAUUACUCACACACACACAUACUCACACCCCCCCAGGUAAGCUUGGUCUCUCACACACCCACACCCACACACAUACCUGCACCCACUGAGAGGGGGCCGACAGCACGGGCAAAGAGAAGGCAGUCAGUGAUGGAAAUCGGGAAGAUGGGAGAGAGGAAGGCAGCUCUUCCCGAUUCCAAACACGGAGGGGCGUUCUCUGAAACGUGUUCAGGAAAACGAGACGCAGACUGUCCUUGAUGUUCAGCGCCCAUCCAACUUCACCACAGUUAGGCCUCAUGACCUGAUUGAGCCUCAGUGAGCGAGCAGGUUGCAUGGAGAACUGACAUGAAAUCACAUUGUUCCACUUUUUUUUGUUGUUGUUGUUGUUGAAUCCACACUUUGGUUAUGUGUUUAAAUUCGAGUUGAGAAACAAAAAGAUUCUUUGAGGAACUUUCAUGGAAUAUGUAGGGGGAAGUGGCUCACGCCUGCGUCCGUCUGUGUAAAUGAGUGUACAUAACCUAUAUCCAUAUUAAAUGAUGUCUAGUGUGUUAACAAAGCAGGCAGGCCUAUCAAAGAGCCAAGACCGGAAGGGUCAGCUCACAGUAAAUAUAUAUGCAGAAACACGAUUCAUGGAUGCACUUUUUCUAAAAAUUUUCAUAGCGGCCGAGGGCAUUUGGAGUGUCGUGCUAUCACUUCCCUAUUCCGGACAGCUCAUUUCUCAGAAAUGUAUGUACAGUAAAACGCACUCAAGUGAUUGUAAAAGAAAAGAGUCAGUCAACCUUCUUUCUGACCUUUCAGUGUUGGAGCCGGUCACAGGUCACUUCACCCCUCCUCCUUUCCUCUGAGGUCUCGGGAUGAUCCGAUCAAUCCAGAUAAUUAAUAAGAGAAGGAAGGGGGAGGGGGGGAGGGAUGGGUCCCAUUUGCUGCUGGAAACAAUAAAUUUACAGGCUCGUUCACAGAAUAGCAUGAGGGGGUGACUUCUAUUUUCUUCCCCUCCUAGAUCAUCGGUCUGCAUUUCAAAGGCUUUCUGCGGGUUCAUGCCUUUUCUUUUCACGGCCCAGGAAACAAAAAUCAGAAUAAAUGAGUCUUUACCUUAGUU